CACUGUGUCUGUCUGCAUUGUCGUGCUGUGAGCAACUUCGAAACUUUACGCAGUGGUGAAAGUUUGAACUGGUACCAAAUAUGUCAGCUCUCCUUAAAUUAAACAAAUUGUACAAUCUGUCAAAAUACCCUGUCCACUCUCCACGACCACUUUUGGCCUGUCUGUACCACACGGAAAGGGGAGUAUAUGGUUACAGACCUAAACAGAACGACUUGAGUUCCAAAGUCUUGACGAGCAACCAUAUCUCCGCGCUAAAUGAAGACCAUGGACUGGCACGACUGGUGGACGCAUAUCGAGCACAUGGACACAAAGCAGCCAAAAUUAACCCAUUGCUUCCUGAUGCGCCGGUGUUGGAGACGGUUCCUGAAAUCAGCGCGUUAAAUGGGACCCUUGAAGGACCCCUCAAGACAAGCGGUCUGCGUCACUUUGGAAGAGCAGAGGCAUCACUGGAAGAAGUACUUGCAUACCUGGAUGAAACCUACUGUGGGCGAAUCUCUGUGGAGAUCAGCCAGCUGGAGAGUGUGCAGGAGCGGGAGUGGAUGGCAGACCGCUUUGAGGAGCUCAAAAAGGAGAACUUUUCUCCAGAGGAGAGACGACAGCUUGCUCGGCUAAUGCUCGAGUCCCAGGAAUUCGACCAUUUCUUGGGCACUAAGUUCGCUACUGUGAAGCGGUAUGGAGGUGAGGGAGCGGAGAGCAUGAUGGGAUUCUUUCAUGAGCUGUUCCGUCAGGCGGCGUACAGUGGCGUGACCGAGGUGAUUAUGGGUAUGCCUCAUCGCGGACGCCUCAACCUGCUGACAGGACUUCUACAUUUCCCACCAGAGCUCAUGUACCGCAAAAUGCGCGGCCUCAGCGAGUUCCCAGAGAACUCUCCCUCCAUCGGCGACGUACUCUCGCAUCUGACCUCCUCUGUGGACCUCGACUUUGGGGCUGAUCACCCAAUUCAUGUCACCAUGCUGCCUAACCCAUCUCACCUUGAAGCCAUUAACCCUGUUACUCAGGGCAAGGCCCGUGCCCGAGAGCAGAUCAAACAGGAAGGGGAUUAUUCCCCUGACAACAGUGCCCAGCCCGGAGACAAAGUAAUUUGCCUUCAGGUACACGGAGAUGCCUCAUUUUCAGGCCAAGGCAUUGUGCCAGAAACGUUUACAGUGUCAAAUCUACCUCACUAUAGAGUUGGAGGGAGUAUUCACCUCAUUGUUAAUAACCAAGUGGGAUAUACCACUCCCUCUGAGAGAGGGAGAUCAUCAUUGUAUUGCAGUGAUGUUGGUAAGAUGGUUGGCUGUGCUGUGAUUCACGUGAAUGGUGACGAGGCUGAGGAUGUGCUUCGGGCAACAAGACUUGCAGUAGAGUAUCAGCGGAAGUUCCGGAAGGAUGUGAUCGUUGAUUUGCUGUGCUAUCGACAAUGGGGACACAACGAGCUGGAUGAACCAUUUUUCACCAAUCCAGCCAUGUACAAGAUUAUCCGGGCCAGGAAGAGCAUUCCAGACUUGUAUGCGGACCUGCUGGUGUCCGAGGGCCUGAUGACUGCGGAGGAGCGGGGUCAGAUACGGACCACCCACUAUGGCAUGCUGAACGAGAAGCUGGCCAACAUGACCCAGUACAGCCCGUCGUCCACCAAUCUGCAGGGCCGCUGGGGGGACCUGGCAGAGCCCCAGGCCUGCAUCUCCACCUGGGACACGGGCGUCCCCGCACCCCUGCUGCAGUUUGUGGGCGCCAAAUCGGUGGCCAUUCCUGAGGACAUCCACAUACACGGUCAUCUCAGGAAGACACACGUGCAGGCACGGCUGCAGAAGCUGGAAGAAGGAACCAAACUGGACUGGUCCACUGCUGAAGCCAUGGCUUUGGGCUCACUGCUCUGCCAAGGGUUCAAUAUCCGUAUCAGUGGACAGGAUGUUGGGAGAGGUACCUUUAGCCAGCGCCAUUGCAUGGUGGUAUGCCAGGAGUCCAAUGACAUGUACAUCCCUCUGAAUCACAUCAACCCAGAGCAGAGGGCCUUUAUGGAGGUGUGCAAUAGCCCCCUGUCGGAGGAGGCUGUACUGGGCUUUGAGUACGGUAUGAGUAUUUCCCAGCCCAAGCUUCUACCCAUUUGGGAGGCCCAAUUCGGAGACUUCUUCAAUGGAGCUCAGAUCAUCUUCGAUACCUUCAUCUCCGGAGGGGAGGCUAAAUGGCUGUUGCAGAGUGCCAUAGUGAUCCUUCUGCCACAUGGGUAUGAUGGAGCUGGACCAGAGCAUUCCUCUUGCCGUAUUGAGCGUUUUUUACAGAUGUGUGACAGCAAGGAGGCGGGUGUGGACAGUGACAUGGUGAACAUGUCUGUGGUGAACCCCACCACUCCGGCACAGUACUUCCACCUGCUCCGGCGACAGAUGAUCCGCGAUUUCCGCAAACCUCUUAUUGUUGCCGCACCGAAGACACUGCUAAGGUUCUCAGGUGCUGUGUCUAGCCUUGCUGACUUGGCUCAAGGAACAUCUUUCAAACCUGUACUGAAUGACCCAUCAGUGAACCCCUCAAGUGUCCAGCGGGUGCUGCUCUGCUCUGGCAAACACUACUAUGCCCUGCUGAAGCAGCGGGAGUCGCUGCCAGCAGCAGCCCAGAACACGGCACUGAUCCGUGUGGAGGAGCUCUGCCCCUUCCCCUUGGAGGCUCUACAGAAGGAGCUCUCCAAAUACACCAAUGCCAAAGAGUUCAUAUGGAGUCAGGAGGAACCCCAGAACAUGGGUGCCUGGUCCUUUGUGGCCCCAAGAUUUGAAAAGCAACUGGCAUGCAAGCUGCGACUGGUUAGCCGACCACCUCUACCUGCUCCAGCAGUGGGCAUCGGCAUGCUGCACGGUCAACAGCAGGAGGCUAUUCUCACAGCCUCCUUCAGCUAAGGGGCCUCCCCCAAGUGCACAGCACAGAACAGCUGCAAGAACAUUGUGGCCACUGAAGAGGACCUAAUUUGACAUUCAGGAAGGGAUUCUCCUGGGGAUGCAGAGUUUGAGCAAAAGCUCUGCGCCCCAACAGAAGAGAGAUUGUAUUAGUAUUAAUGAGUUUUCCUUACCCAGCUCCUCCAUUGGAUAUACAGUGUUAACAACAUGGUUUACUCUUGCUAUUGGAGUAAAGGAUGGUGAGAAAAAUACUUGAUGAAGACUGCCUAACUAAAGGCAUGCAUUAAGGCAUCUUGGCAUUGAUCUACUGACUUUUCCUGCACUUAUCUAUAGAGAAUGAUAGUUAGUCUGUAUAGCAAUAGGUUCUUCAGACCGUACUGGGCACAAUGUCCCUCAAGAAGUCAAGUAGGUCAUACAGCGUCACAUAAUUGAAUAGCAGCUUGCCUCCUCAAUGGUAUUCCAGUCUCAAUAACCAACUAACAGUUUGAUCUUUGUUGUUAAGAAUAGUUAAUAAUUAGACUUUAAAAGGAUAAGUUAAUUAUGAUACUGGAUGAAAAGUGCCGUUUUAUUUUUCAAAAACAGAGAAGGACAUAGAGAUAUCCUGCAUUAGCGAAAUAUUUUAUUAUUGAGAAUUAUUGCUGAUAGUUUUGUUUGCAAACUAAGUACGAUAUUUCCUAAAGACUUUUCAUAAUUACAUUACAUUUUACGUAUCGCAUCUUCACCUAAUAAAUUAACUCUAUUUCUGUAUCCAC